AUGGAUAAGCUCACCGUCAUAUCGGGGUGCCUGUUCCUGGCCGCGGACAUCUUCGCCAUCGCCAGCAUCGUCAGCUCGGACUGGAUCAACACCGGAGAGUCCGCCGGUAGGGUGCCGCCGCCGCCUCAAGUCGGGCGACACGAAAAGUCCGUUUUUGGUAACAGUUUUGCCGUAAACAAUAUUAGUCAGUCCGAAAAAGGCGAGCGCGUGCGUUGCCGGGAGGCGCCUGAGGUCCUCCUUCCUGACAUCACCUCAGCCGCCAGGCUUUAUGAGACGGGAGGCCGCUUCCGCCCCGUGAUGCUCUGCCGCUUAGUGCCAGAAGCCCCGGCCCGCUUGACGUCACCCCCCGUGACGCUUAACUUCGCAGCUCAGAGAAAAGCAGGAGAUAAGUGGGUGUUGUUCUGUUCCGCAGGCUCUCUGACCGUUGGUCUCAUCCGGCAGUGCCAAACCAUCCACGGCCGCCAUCGGACCUGCAUCCCUCCCCAGCUCCCGCGAGAGUGGAUGACCACGCUCUUCUUCAUCAUCCUGGGUAUCGUCUCUCUUAGCAUCACCUGUGGGCUGCUGGUGAUGUCACACUGGCACCAGGGGGCCACGCGCUAUGCCCGAUGGAUCGCCUUUACAGGGAUGGUCCUGUUCUGUAUGGCUGCUCUCAUAUUCCCGAUGGGCUUCUACAUCAGCGAGGUGGGAGGACAGCCGUACAAGCUGCCCAACAACACCAUGGUGGGCUCCUCCUACGUGCUCUUCAUCCUCUCCAUCUUCUUCACCAUAGUGGGACUGCUGUUUGCUGGGAAGGUGAAGCUGCAGGAGGAAGAGCAGGAGCUCUGA